GUCAGUGUAUAUGCUCCAUGCGCAGUGGAAAGCCAUCGAGGAACCAAACCUGGCAGAGAAAGGCAGAGUCAGCUUGAGAUGCUUUGGAAAAUGAUGCAAAGGAAGUCUCGGACCUGCGGCUGAACCAUACGAGCAUCCAAAGAGAGGGUAGAAUUUAAAAUUAGGAGUUCACUCACCAAUAAACUCUGCAGAACUGAAGCAUACCUUUGUAGAUUUAUCCAGGAACACCGGGCAAAAGACAGACUGAGAGGUGGGGGGGGGGGGAGAGAAAUGGCAAGUUUUGGGAAACUCACCGACUACUUCAACCGCCGCAAGUCUCGAGAAGAGAUCCGGGUGGGCAGAAGCUCGCGGCGCAGUGGCAGUUACUGCUGCACUGUGGCAGAAGCCAGGUCCCUAGAAAGGAAGCUGCAGAGACCCCUACUGGCGAAGUCUCGCACCCUCCCAAGCAUCCCCCAGUCUCCAACUGUUUCCAGGGUCCACCACUCUGACUUGAUUGGUGGGAGUCCUCCCCGCAGGAAAACACCUCCGUCUCCCACUGGCCAAUCAAAGGCCUGCACUCUGCCUCCUGCAGGAGAGCUGUGGCGUUUGGAGGACGACAUGGAAGGAGAUGAUGAGACUGAGCAGAGUGGCCGCACCGAGGCCCGUCCUCGGUCCCAGUCUCCCUUCUCCCACUUCAGGGCACGAGCUGCCUACCUCCGGAAGAGCAUGUCGGCUGAUGACCACCUGGACAUGGGUCUGGACUACAGCUCAGGGAGAACAGCUGAGGGCAAGUCAAGUCGCAGCAAUAAGGGGAAGCUGAAGAGAAAAUUUAGUCUGGGCUCUGCAGACCGAAAGGAGAACCAGCAGAAAAAGUCAGAGUCUGGGAUCUCCAAAUUUACUCAUCGCCUCUCCCUGAAAGAGCGAGCAGCAAAAGCAGAGAAGCCUUCCUCAGACAGACCAUCGUCUUACAGAAGAAGAUCUCUGAGUGUCGACUGGGCUGACUCUGUCAAGGUGACGCAGCCCAUGAGCGGGAACCAGUACCACCAGCCGGCAUCGGCUCGCAAGUCAGCCAGCUUGUCCUCACCAAGCGCAGCUCGCCGACUCUACCGCAACUUGUCUGGAAAGUUCCGCGUGGGCACCAACCCUCCCGCUCUGGAGGACAACGUGGUGUCAGGGCGGGUAGGGGACAAGGAGAGGCUGCGUAAAACCACCGUAUUUCAGAGCAAUGAGGCUUUGUUUGAGGCGGUGGAACAUCAAGAACUGGACCUUGUCCAGCUGCUUCUGUCCCAGUACAGUCUGGAGGAGCUGGACCUGAACACUCCAAACAGUGAAGGUCUCCUUCCUCUUGAUAUUGCCAUAAUGACCAACAACGUGCCCAUGGCUAAGCUUCUGCUGCGAGCUGGUGCCAAGGAGAGCCCCCACUUUGUGAGCUCGGAAGGCCGAGCGGUGCACUUAGCCACCUUGGUGCAGGAGGCCGAGCAGAGGGUGUCAGAGCUUCAGCCCCAGGUCCAUAGCGAGGGUCCCAGUGAACGGGAAGGAUCCGAGCAAGAAAGGCAACUGAAGGCUUGGGAGUGGCGGCUGCGCCUCUUCAGACGGAUGCAGACGGGCUUUGAGCAUGCUAAUCCUCCAGAUGCUCCCAGUGUUGUUCGUCUGUCUGUCAGCAGCAACACAAGUUUGCAGGUUGACUUUCAAGAGCCUGCCUGUGUCAACUCGGCUGUAGUUACGAAGUAUAAAGUGUCUUGGAGCUCCACGCCUUCAUUCAGUCCCAUACUGGGGGAAAUGAUAGUGGAUGAUACAGCGUUACCACAGUGCAACAUCACUGGACUAACUUCUGGAACCUACUACUAUGUGCAGGUUUCAGCCUACAAUAUGAAGGGCUGGGGCCCUCCAAAGGUUUCCACCCCAGCCUGUGCUGCACCAUCCAGUAAGUCUCCAUUUCUUUUCAUGUUGAACAUGAAACUCUUAGUAAUGGCAAUAUGGGCUUUCUGGAAAGGUGUUUCAGAGGAGGGCCUGGGUGGCAGCUUCAAGUGCCAGCCGGGCCUACACACCAUACAGAGCUGUGGUUCAGCCAAGACAAUAACCGUGAAGUCAUGUGUGUCAUACUUAUGGGAGGAGAUAUCCUGGCUUCAGCAGUGUCUCAGUGCCUCGCAGUCAUCAUGUUCAUGUACUCUGCAGACCCGUCUAAAGAUGCUGCAGGCAGUCUCCCAGCUACAGGGAAUGCUGGGCACACAGGACCUUGGCCAGGUGUAUUUUGAGCCCAUCAAAGACAAGCAUGGCAAUGCCCUGCUGGUCCUCCUGAAGGACAUGAGCACCUGCCCCAACCUGGAUGGAGUACGCUGGACACAACUUUGUAAACUCCAGCUUCAGCGCAAGUCCAUCUCCUCCCCGGAGGAGCCAACCGCCUUGGACAUGCUACUUAUCACACUUCAUGAGAAGCUGGCUUAUCACAGACGCAGCAGAAAGCUCUUGUCUCCAGGCUUAUACCUGGGCUACCUGAAACUUUGCACAUCGGUGGAACAAAUCAGGGUGCUGGUGCCCCAGAAACUCCCCAACGUUCUCUGUCACACCAAAAUACGGGACAACAGCAAUGUGUCCAGAGAGGAGUGGCAGUGGCUGCAGGCUCUCAGUUCUCUGGACGAAGCACUGGAAAUGGACCAGGAUGUGCAGAGUGCACCACAUCGCCUCUUAAAUGACCUGCGCAGUGCCAUCAAAGACCUAAUGGCACACAUCAAUGUCCCUGGAAACCAGGCUCAGGAUUUCCGGAUCUACAGCCAGGAAGUGUUGGAAUUUGGAGAGAAGGUGUCCUUCGUGCUCCUCCUGCCGCCUUCAGAUGAAGUUUGCACAGCUCCUGGUCAGAAUAAUCCAUACUCCCCUCGCUCUGGCUUCCUCACUCUGCCCCUCCAGAUCUUUGAACUGGUACACUUUAAUGCAUAUUGGCCCAGUUUCAUUGGGCAGUACUGCAGAGUGUCGGCUCUCCUGGAGCUGGAAUCCCUCAUGUCGCAGCAGGCUCUGCGAGAGGCCUUCUCUGAGGCUGAGCUCCUUGUCGCUAAGAAGAAACACCAACAGGUUCAGGAGCACAUGCAGCAAAUGGAGGAGAUGUGGCGAGAUGCAAGGUGGAUUAUGGAUGCCUUGCAGUAUGCCCGCUACAAGCAGCCAACAGGAGGCAUCUCCAUCAGCUGGAUAAUAGACUUUUCUAAAGAGGUUUUGCCAGACAAGCCUCCCUCCACCUCCUCCCAGCCAGACUUCAUGCCCUCCCCCAUGCCCUCACCAGAACCUUGCCGCAAACACUCAGAUUACCCUGGUCUAUCAGAUGAAGAGGGUUCCUCCGAAGUCUUCCUCACCACUGACAGUGACUAUGACUCCAGCCGUGCACAGAGUCCCCGUGAGCUGGACCUGCUCCCUCCCUCACCUUUAUCCUCCACAGCCCCCCUGGAGCCUCGUGGUUUCCUGCGUAGCGAUGGGAGCGGCUCUGGAGGAGUUCUGUGUCCCAGUGGAGGUGGGCGUGGAGGAGGAGCUCUAAGAGAUUCUACGCCGGACGUCCUCCAGGCCUCCGAACCUCAGUUGGGGAGGGAAAGUGAGCGAUGUGGAGGAGGAGGCAGAGCAGUUCGGUGUGGUGGAGAAAGGCGGAGGGGACCUCCAGAGCUUUUUGACAGUGACUUCAUCCUGCCUAGCAGACAAAUCGAGCUCCUGCACAUCACAGAGAAGAGGCAGGCAUUCUGUGUCAGAACCAGCAGCCUGGAGUUCCCUUCCACCACAUCAAUCCACAAUCAGCCUUACUCUGACUACUCCCACUACUCUUCACCCUCCACCUCACCACAGAGUAGAUGGCACCGCCCUUCGUCAGUGGAUCGAUGUCCCGGGGAGCGCUGCGUACUGCAACUUCCACCAGCACGGACGUUGUCAGAGGACAGCGGCACUCAAAAACUCAACUCACCAUCACCUGCUGCAUUCAGGAUAGGCUGUCAUGCAACACUCAGAGUCUACCCACAGUAUCGAACAGGCCUGCCAAAGGAGACGAGUGUUAAGCUUUGUGUAACUUUGGGCACAACGGCUCGGGAGAUGAUCCAGCUGGUGGUCCAGGAGAUGAACACAAUCUCACGGCGCCUGCUGGGCAGCAAUGGAGGUGGUGAGGAGCAGGAGAAAUGUGUUUACUACGGUCCUGAGCAGUUGAAGCACUUUGGACUUGUGCUGGUGGUGGACAACAGAGAGAAGUGGCUUCAGGAUGACUUCUGUCCCCUGGAGCUGCAGAACCCCUGGCUGAGAGGCAAACUCUGCGUUCGCAUUAAAGACUAUUCACCACUCGCACUCAAACACAGUCGGGCCACGACAGUGUGACCCAUCUAUGCUCGUAUCCGGAUUUGCAUUUCCUAAACCUGCAAUUAAAUCACAAAAAUCCGUUUUCUUUGUCACUGUAAUAAUACAUAGACUGCAAAUUGUAAUAUAUAUAUUUUUUUCCUCCUGAAAUGAACAUUUGUACAAAAUGUGUUUCCCUAUUUAAGAGGUUUUUUCUGUAAACAUCAGACCCUCAUAUGGACACCAAAUGAACACGUUUUUUUUAGUGCUGUCAGAAAUCUUUCAGCAAAAUCUUGUGACACUUAGCAUGGGUAAGAGUCUGUCUGGGACUUUUGGCAUGGCUGACACCAGCACUUUGGGCUGCGAGUGUUUCCAAAAUGACACAGGCUCCAUUAUCGUCACUAUCCUCCCCAGACGCACACAGAAAGGGCUUUUCAUUGAGCUCUCUGUAUGUUCUAAUUCCCAAAGAGCUUUCCCGCCAAGCACCCGGCCUGUUUUA